AUCUACCCUUUGGCCACAUCUGCGUAAAUGGAGUAGUCGCCUGAGCAACAGAGCAGAGGAGUGAGACGUUAUUCUCUUUCAAUAAGCCUAUAGAGCCAUACAGACAUAUACUGUAGCUAGAGAACAGCUGGUCAUGGGGAAUUGCCCCGUUAAAGGUCGAUCCAAUAUGCCAACCCUUGAGAAUCCAACUGAACCUGCACUGUCAGACAAUAACAGGCCCAUGGUGGUGUCCCUUUAUGACUUCCCCUCCCAAGAUCCCUUGGAAUCCAGCAUCCGCAUGGGGGAGAGGCUCACUGUGUUAUCAGAUGAUGGGGAUUUUUGGAUGGUGCGAUCCACAACAACAGGCAAUGAGAGUUACAUCCCCAGCCACUACACUGCCAAAGUAAUAAACAGGUGGCAGUAUAAUGGCAUCAGCAGGUUAAAUGCAGAGGAGCUGCUGCUGAUGCCACACAAUUACACAGGGGCUUUCCUGAUACGACAGAGUCAGACAAACACAGACACCUACUCGCUCUCGGUCCUUGGAAGGACCGACUCCUCGUACAUGGGCACAGUGAAACACUACCACAUCCGUUGCCUCCAAAACGGCUGGUUCUACAUCUCCCCCAGCCUCACCUUCUACACCCUGGGCCAAUUGGUGGAACACUACUCUGAGUCAGCAGAUGGGUUGUGCUGUUUACUGAGGGAGCCUUGCAUCAUCCAAGGCUCAAACAAUACUACUAUGACUAGACCGUACCCCAAAGCUAUCAGGAGGCCCACCCUCAACUGGAAGGAUGUAGACAGCUCAAUGAUCUUCAGUAAGGGCAGAGUGGAUUCAGAGGACACUCUGGUGAGCAAGGGGCUGAGGGAGGCCAUGAGCUCAUACCUCUACAUGACAGAGGCCAGCUGCCAGGACUGUGGCAAACACUGGGAUACCUGAUGAGAGGGAAGACUGAGAGUAAAAUAAUAAUACAUAAUACUGUCUGGUCUGUCGCUGCCGCUGCACAACGGUACUAGGCCAGAAAGGGUGACCUAAACAAAAGCAUAGAGGAAGUUAAAAAGAAGUAAGCCUACCAUUUACAACCACAAUGAAAAAAUGAAAACUACAAGCACAAUUCAUGUCUUGAUGGUCAAAUGUGGGUUUGGGUUCAGGUAGCCACAAGGAGCCGUGUUACUUGGCAUUUCUAAUGCUACUGGUUCUUGUUCUCAAGAGCACAUU